CACCAGCACACACACACACACACGCCCCAGUCAUAACUGAAUGACGGCAGGUCGCUAUGGAAACUGCGUUACGCUCCGAGCGUCCGGAGGAGAAAACAAGAGCGCGAGGACUCAUUUCUGUCUUCAUUUCAGCACCACGCGAGCUCCUGGACAGCGCCCGGAUGAACUCGCGCACAGAUUCUAGCCUCGUAUGCCUUACAAGGGUCAGAGCAGCAUCAGCACUUAGCCUAACCGGAGUGGGUAGGGACUUCAAAAAGAAAAACAAACCCACGUACAACACACGCAGACUCCCCGGACCUGAAGCUCGCUGGAUACUCAAGAUUUAAUUCUACUAUCGAGCCAGGAGCCAAUCGCUCCGUGAAAUGUCGCAGCAACAGGGCAACAGCAUGUCUGAAACCAAAAACAGUCAGCGUUUUCACAGCCUGAACGCUGAGCAGGUGGAGGUUCUCCAUCAGGUCUUGUCGGAGGUGGUUCCAAUCCACGGCCGUGGGAACUUUCCCACGUUGGAGCUGCGUCCUCGAGACAUCAUCAUAGCCGUGCGGGCCAGGCUCCAGAAGCAGGGAAUCGCAGUAAGAGAUGUUCGUCUGAAUGGGUCCACAGCCAGCCACGUCCUUGUCCGAGACAACGGAACAAGUUACAAAGACCUGGAUAUCAUCUUUGGAGUGGAGUUGCCCAGUCAGGAGGAGUUCCAGGUGAUCAAGGAGUCAGUGCUGGGCUGCUUGUUGGACUGUCUACCUGCUGGGGUCAAUAAGGAGCGAAUCAGCAAUGCUACAAUGAAGGAGGCUUAUGUCCAGAAAAUGGUCAAGGUCUUUAGUGAAUACGAUCGAUGGAGCCUCAUCUCACUCUCAAACAACAGUGGCAAAAACCUCGAGCUCAAAUUUGUAAGUGCGCUGAGGAGGCAGUUUGAGUUCAGUGUUGACUCCUUCCAGAUCAUUCUGGAUCGUCUCCUGGAGUCCUAUAUGCAGCAGGAUUCACAGCAAAAAAAUAACACUGUUGAUCUUAAGGACCAGCCUCCAGAGAAUCAGAAUAAAGACUCUCCCUCUCACCUCAAACAGGCCACCUCUCCAGAAACAGAGAAGUCUACUGAUAGAGACUCAUCCAGCAAAGAGGGGGCUCAGCUUGCCCAGACGCAACAGAGUGAUGAGGUGCAUGAAAAGGAGAAUCAGACAAAACUUUCACAAGAAACUGAACUUUCAAAACAGACAAAACACUGCAAAGUUGAAAAAGAUGAAAAAGAGAAUACGCCUACGGAGUUGAAAGAAAUGUCAGGGCGCAGAGAAGACUUGAAUGAGACAGACUUCUCUGACCAGGCAUCUCCAAACCUUUUGUCAGAAAGGAAGCAAACCUCUGAGGAAGCUGCACCUCCAACUCAGACUGAACUCAGACAUGAGCCAGAGCUCUCAGACAAAACCAAGUGCUCCACAAAGGUAGAACAGACCGAACAAACUCAGCCCUGUGAUGGCCAGCAACCAGCAAAUUCAAAUCAGAAAGACCUCGCUUCCCAUAAAAAACAAUCUGAAUACACAAAACCCCCUGAUGAACAGAAAGAAGUCACAGAGCAGAUGGGACAGUCCGAGCUGCCAAAAACCUCAAACAAAACCCACACAGAGCUUCUAAAACUGGCAGAAGAACUGCACAGUACUGACUUAACUAAGUUUUUCAGUGAGGAUCAGAGAAGCAAUGAGAACGAUAAAAUACAAAAUGUGUCUGUUUCAGACUCCAUCACAUCUUCACAUGCAAAGAUAGAGAAACAAUUAGCAGAUGAAAAAACAACAGAAGCAGAGACAGGGGAGCAAGCAGAGAGGGAAAACAACACAGAAAUAAGUGAACUGACAGAAGAGGUUUUAGCAUCAAAGGCAAAAAACAUAGACAACACACAGGGUAUUGAUUGUUCCUGCCCCACUUCUUCCACAUCUGCUACGCUUCACAACACACAGCCUACUGGCACACAGGAUACACUGGAGAUUCACAACACUCUACACAUAGAUAACUCAGAUAAAACAGCUAACACACUUGAUGUGUUCAGCCCUCCAGAUACUCAGGAUACUUUACCUGCACCACCCAGCCUUGUUUCUGACAAAAAGACCUCCUCUCCUCCCUCUUGUAAGACCUCAGAUAGAAUAUCUCACAUGGUGGUGCUCAAACACUCCUCUCCCAAACCCCCCAGGAGGAUGUGUAGGAAGGGUACCCCCAGUCAUUACCCCAGUCCAGUUACUGAAAGUGGACCCGUCAUACCACCCUGUCCAACUCCAAAUCCCUGCACUAGUCCUGAACCUGAAAUAGCGUUUAACCCCAAGCCAACAGCUUCCUGUUCAGACCCUGCAACUGCCCCAACAACUAGUGUCUCCACUAAAAUAAACCCUGAGCCUGAAGCCAACCCUUUCAGUAACCUGGCUUCAAACCUAGACCGUACCUCAGUUCCUGAUCCGGCCCCUGAUAUAAUCUCCCCCUCUGCUGUGUCUUCUUUACCUCAAGAGCCGUCAUCUUCUCAGCUAAUCACAGAAAGUUCAUGUGAGAGUAGUACUCAGAACCAAAAGGUGUUGACAUCCACACAUGUGGCUUUUGAUGAAGAAAUUCAGUCCUCUCAUACUGAAACUGUCGGCACAUCCAGUCAGUCAGAGCCUCUUGAGUCAGUGGACAUGUUAGUUUCAUUCACUGAUGUGUCUAGCUCAAACACCCAAGAAUCAGUACACACCUCAGACACUGAGCUCAAGGAUGAAGAUGUCAACAGGACCCAAAAGAUAGACUUGAAUCAUCCAAAUGGCAGCUCACAGGAGGCCACACUUAGUUCACCCUCCUCCUCCUCCCACUAUGUGACCCCUCCUGUUUCCUGCCUCACCCCUCCCACACUAAGUCUCUCCCCUCCCUGCUUUACUCCCUCGCCACCGAGCUUCAGCCCUCCUCCAUGUCUAACCCCGCCGUCUCACUGCCUCUCAUCUCCAAUGCUGACUACCAUCAGCCCUGCGACCAGUUUAGGCUCUCCACCCUUGAGUUUCAGCCCUACCUCUUCCUGCCUCAGCUCACCUUCUUAUCUGACCCCUCCUAUGCUCAGCCUCAGCCCUCCUCCACUCUGUCUAAGCCCUCCUUCCCCCUGCCUCAGCCCUCCCCUCCUCUGUCUUACUCCCCCGGUGGAGUCAGAGGACCUUGUACCUCAGGUAUCUUCUGACAUGGAUCCUUUGAUAGCGAACACAGACAGUGAGGAACAGAUUAAAGGGUCUUCCCCUCAGCCAGGAAUCCCUCUCUUACAGUUGGAGGAUGAAAAGGAAGAAGAUUAUAUCUCAUCCUUGCCUGGGGUUGUGGAGCCUGUUUCAUUUCCAAUCGCAAUCCCGAGCUCCACCUCACAUGUGCUGCCUCCAUCUCAGCCUGGAUGCCCACGAGAAUCUGCCAGCCUAAAAGCAGAUGAAGCAUCCAGCUCUGUGCCUGAGCACAAAGAGGUCCCGAAGGUAACCAGAGACAUGCCUGAACAAAGCAAGCAUCCUGGCUCGGUCCCUGCUGUCGAGGUCCUGGCAGAGAGCAUGUAUGGUGACUUUGAGGCAGCCAUGGACCACCUGCGCUACCGUCUAAUUGCUACCAGGAACCCCGAGGAGAUUCGAGGUGGUGGCUUGUUAAAAUACAGCAACCUGUUGGUGAGGGACUACCGACCAGCCAGUGAGACUCAGAUAAAGACCCUGGAGCGCUAUAUGUGCUCUCGCUUUUUCAUUGAUUUCCCUGACGUGCAGGAGCAGCAGAGGAAGAUCCUGUCCUACUUGAAGAACCACUUUAUUGGUGAGGAGAGAAGCAAAUACCAGUACCUGAUGACGCUGCGUCGUGUGGUAGAUGACAGCACAGUGUGUCUGAUGGGACACGAGAGGCGUCAGACACUGAACAUGAUCACAGUGCUGGCACUGAAGGUUCUAGGAGAGCAGAACAUCAUUCCCAAUACAGAUCAUGUGACAUGCUUCUAUCAGCCUGCCCCAUACCUUGCCGAGCACAGUGCCCCCUAUUUAGCAGAACCCAGCUACUGCAGCUACUACAUACCCCAAGGGGGAUCAGCUCUGCUUUACCAACCAUACCCCUUACACCUGCACACGCAGACUGGACUAGUCUAACACCCAAACAUGAACGUAAUUACACAAAAUCAACAGCUGAGCAGGGGUAACGUGCUUGCCGUGAGGAAAGAGCUGGAGAAUGGAAAUAUAAUCCAGGGAUAAACUGUUUGGUCUAUAAUAGACCUGUGGGGGUGGGAUUGAGUGGAUUUUUACAGUAAACUCCCAGAGUACUCUGUAAGGUUCUAACAUGAUUAUAUUUAAUUAUCUGGGCUUUGUAGGAAAAUAAUAAUUCUUCCGAUAUUGUUAAAAUUCCAGAAAAUGCUGUAUGCACUGCAUGAGUCAUAGCCCUUUGGUCUCCCUAGGAAACCAACUGUGCUGUUGACAUUCACACACAUGCCACACACACACACACACACACACGCACACACAAACACAAGAGGGCUGUCAUCAUACAAGAUUUUUACUACUAUUGUGGUAAAAAAAUUCACAAUAAUUAUAUGAUUGUGAUAUCAAUUGAAAUUUUGGGAAGAAAAUAUCAGUCAAAUUCAUCAUUAACUUUGUUUAUUGUGUGUUUUGUCUUUUUUGUUUGUUUGUUUGUUUUGGGAAAUGAAUCACACUUAAAAUACGAGCAAAGGGAGCAGAGAGAGUCAGUAACUCUAACCGUCCAAAAAGUGUACAAGAAGACAACAGUGACACAUAAUGAACAGUGAACAGGCAAAAAGAUGAAUUGAUAAAAGAUCCUCAAGUCCCCAUGUCUGCACUGGAUCUUUUUUACACCAUGUUACCAUAUAUGUAUUUUGAACACAAUAUUGACAUUUCAUUUUUUAAUAUCAAGGUUAUCAUCACUACUGGUAUAUCGCGACAUGCCUAACACACACACACACACACACACACACAAAGCACACUUCCAGGUUCUUGAAUUCUUGUACACUCUUUUCAUGUUCUUACUGUGUUGUUCUUAAUGGGUUUGUUCAGAAUGUGGACCUUGCCUGUGGUUGAUGUUGUGCAUGGAUAAAUUAGGACUGUUCUCUCACUGCCAAAUACUGUGUGAGUACUACGAUUCUUGAACAGUUUAAUGUAUCUUUGUCAAUCCUUUACUGAAGGGAUGUAUUCAGAAAAAAAUACCAAGGG